GGCUGCUAGCUUCAGCGAUGGCCGAAUUUUACUCAUUUCCAUUACCCGGAGCAUUCCUUUUUUAAAACAUAACCUGAAACUUUAAGCUGACUUUGUCUUGAAUGGUUUCAAAUUUGGGAGGUUCGUUUCAUUUGGUUUCGGUUUGGUCUAGUUUUGUUUCGUUUCGUAGGGUUCGGUUUUGUUUAGCAAUUUAUAUAGGCACCUUUGAAACGUUUCUAAUUACAACUUGCAUGAUAUAAUUUUGCUUUUGGGUGUUUGUUUGUUGUUGUUUUUCCCCCCAUCAAUAACUUUUGACUCUUUUAUCCACGUUUUAAUUGAUAAUAGGGUUUUGACAGCUUUUUUUUUUUUUUUUUUUUUUUGUAUAGUCAUGGAAAUAAAAUAAAACGUAAAUUUGCAGUCGAUAGGUUCCGCAUCUUUGUGUAGCAGAGUUUGAUCGAUCAACAUUAAGCACUGGAAGGACUAACGCUGCAGACGCCAUGGACAAAAUAUUUCUAGCUGUAAUGACGUCACUUUUCCAAGGAAGCUGGUGUUUGAUAGGUUUAAUCGGUAUUCGUCAUUAUUCACGUGUAGAGCACCAUGUACCCCAGGAUUUGCCAAAACCAACAACGGCUGAGCAUUCAGUACCUUGGAAUGAAACACGGCCGGUUACAGAAGUGGCACACACUCACCAGAGCUUACUUCACAGUUUUAGAUGUGAAGUCCGUGUUCUCAAAUCGAUUCUCAGAAAUCCUAGUAUCAACGUCAGUGACGCCGAGAAUCUGAUAUUCUUCUGCUCACUUGAUUCCAAUGAAGACAUAUCGCCACACGGAGACUGUAGACAAUCCACACAAAGAUGCAGCACGAUGACGGCGAGACAACUUCUGUUGGAGCCUGGAUGUUCUCCAAUAUCCCGGAUACACUACUGCCUUGGCGACAAAGUGGUAUCCUGUUUCAAAAGUUCCAAGUCGGUGAAGUUGAUCUUGAGGAGUCUCUUCAAUGUGUGUUCAAGACACCGUCAUAACAAGCCACUUUUCCCUGUACCACAAAUGGGUUAAAAUAUCACAAUAUUUACAGAAGCCCUUGACAUGUACAAUUUCUAUUUCCCAUUACAUGUUGUUUUGUGCCCGAGCAGAUAGCCCGGCUUCCGUUGGGUUCUGAUACUGAGACUAUAAUGUACAUUUAAUUCCAGUGGAAGUGCUUUUAUAUUUCAGUUAGGACCUUUUUACUUCCAAUGAGGUUACAAGUUUUGUGUGAAAGGGUGUUUUUGUUUGAAUGUAUGCGUGUUUAUACGAGAGAAGGUGCUUGUUGCUUGUUUGUAAAGUGAAUGUAUGCGUGUUUAGACGAGAGAAGGUGCUUGUUGCUUGUUUGUAAAGUGAAUGUAUGCGUGUUUAGACGAGAGAAGGUGCUUGUUGCUUGUUGGUGUAUGUAAAGUGAAAUUACGUGUUUGUUUUGUGUGACUUACCGUAUCAUUCCGAUCCGUCGACUUCAUGAAUACUUAGUCUUCCACAUCUGCUUCAUAUUUGGAUAUUUCACUGAACAUCAUGUUAACGACAAACUAACAACACAACUAUAAGACAAAUGGGAUGACUUCAGCUUCUUCAUCGUCAAUUUCCGAUGUUUUAAAAUGUAGCAUCUGUAUAUGGCGUUUAUGUCUCUCAACUAAUUCGAUACUUAAGAGCAUGGUCUGCGGAUACUAACAAAUAAGAUCAUGUUACAGGGGUUUCAUCAGUGUCGCUUAAAGUCAGAAUUUCACACAUUCUAAGAUCGUACUAAUGAUCUUAUUUGUAAAUACAACCUGUUAUCAGAUCGAAUAUUAUCUUAUAUAGAUUGUUACGCCGUAUAAAGCGACAUCAAACUUGCAUACAACUGAUUUAUAAAUCUUAUUAUCGAGAAAAUUUUGAUUGAGAAAUACGUGAUGUUGAAGAAUUGACGACAUUCAGAAUAUGCAAGACUCUGGAGAAAUAUGUAGAUUUAUAGGCACUUUUUAGAGGGGGGGGGGGGUGACAUCCGGUCAGCAGGCGAACAAUGACUUACAAUACAUUCUAUGGUCUUCUCCAGUCGCACAUUCUCAGGCCCUUCCGGCAAGCAAAAAAAAAAAUUAUUUUUUUUCAAUAAUUAUUCGCAAGAAACGAUAAUAUCUUAGAAUAGCAAGUUUAAAACAUGCUGAUAAUUACUAUUUAGUGGCUUAUAUAAUGGUUAGACUCCAAUCUCUACCAGAAGGUGCUCUCAAAUUCGCCUUUGGAAGCACAUUCUGGUAGAUAUUGGGUUAGAAGCGCCCAUUUUGUACAAAUUUCAUACUUCCGGUAAACAUAAUACAUACGAGGCGCCUUUCCCUAGCUGGCCGGAAAGACCCGAGAAAUGCCGAUUCCAGUCUUCUUAUUUGUAUCCCGUAUUUGUCAUUAUUACUACAUGUAUCAUACCACGUGUCAUAGUAAAACGCAUCUUCCCAAAUCAAGGACUGAAGAUCCAACACAUUUCUCACAUUCUCGGAAAAACUAUCAGGUUUUUAGGCAUGCACAUAUCCAAGGAAUUUCUUUGGGUAUGUAACGAACCUUGUGGACCAACUAGGAUUGGAAUUAUACUCUUUAGAGAAACGGACUGAAUAGCCUGCGUGUGUAUUUCUCUAAAGAUAAUCAUGUGAACAUAUCCCCGGAACAGACUUGUCAUGUCCUACAAGAUCAACCACUGAUUCUAGAGGCAGCAGAAACCUGAAACAUAUCCCUAGAUCUGCAAAGGACUGUAAUUCAUUGCCAGAAGGAGUAAGCAUCCCCUGUUGACCGGUCACAUCCGCCGUGAGCUUUAUAUCUUGAUCAGGUAAACGGAGUAACAGUGUGCCAAGAACGGCCUAACAAUCGGUAUGAAACAUGUCAGACAGCAAUUGACCCAAUGAUAGGUUGUAUUGGCAAACUAGAUCGUUAUAACGAUCAUAGAAUUUGCGAAAUGCUGUCUUUAAACGAGACUGUUGAAACUCCUGCAACAUCAACUUGUUUGUCAGUAGUAACCUGCCUCAAUGUAAAAACUGAUCAUACACAGAACAAGCUCUUGCGUAUCGAAUCAGUUGAGAGAUAUAAACACCAUACGCAGGUUAUAAUGGAAUAUUGCUACAUAAAUAUGAGAAGUUGACGACCAUCCAGUUUGUCAUAUAAAGCUGAGUUGUUAGUUUUCCGUCAACAUCUAUGUUUAAUAAAAUACCUAAGUACUAAGCAUAGGUUGAAGACUCUGUGGUGUCUAUUUUUUUUUUUAGUUCACUGGGAUAUGGUAAAUCGACAUAUGAAUGAAAAUGAUUAUUGUUAAUAAAUAAAACGUCGUCGACAUAUUUGAGUGUCGACUUUGAAGGCCACAGCAAGAGAUUGUUUUCUUAAGAAAGUUAACAAAGGAGCACAAUUCGUGGUUAUGGGAAUUCAAACCACUGUUGGAAGACCUGAUCAUAUGGCAAG